UUAUAAAGAAGUUCUCAAUGAGUCAAACGCAUAAUAGUGUAUUCUUUAGAAAUAUUUUCCUCGUACAAGUUAAUCUUAUACGAAGUUAAGGAAUAUCAUUCUACAACUUAAUAUUUUCAUAAUAAAAUUUAUAAGGCUUUUUAUGUGUUAAACACAAAUUCAAAGGAAUAGAAAGGCUAAGAGCCGCGACAGGGUGUUAAUAUUUUCACUAAGUACAAACAUCGUCUGUGACAAUGCGGAUACUGUAUGUAUUUCUAUUGUUGGUCCUCAUUGGAAGCGUCUUUGGAAAAGCAGUUAAUGAUUCAAAUUCUGAAGGAUUGUUAAUGAUUGAAUCUAAACGUGAAGGACCAAGUGAAGGAUCGAAUAAAGAGAUCAAUUUGAAUGAUGGAGGCAGUCUUGGUUCAAAUCCUAAGGAAGACUUAAAUAUUAAAGAUUAUGAUGCACAGGACGGAAUACAUAAUCGUAUGUUUUUUAAGUCAUAUAAGUUAUAUAUAUUUGGACUAAUCAUAAGAGAAAUCAUAAGAGAAAUUCUUGAUAGAAUUGGAAUUAAUAUGCCACCAACUCUUAUGCCACCAACUGUUAAUCCACCAACUGCUCUUCCAGGAUAAAAUAUCUUUACAUACAAGGAAAAUAGAACCAUCGUGAGGAACAACUGCUAUUAUCGACAUUACAAUUUACUAUUGCACAACACUGCAUCUAAGAAUAUUGUACGCUUUUUCUAUUAUGAUCUAUAAAGAAUAUAUUGACAAUUUUGUCUGCUUUAUUAACUUUUACUAUUACAUAUUGUGAAUGUAUUAUCUCUUUUAAUAAACCUUAAAUGUUUAAUUAUAUAAAAUUGUACGUAUUUUGUAACAAAUAAAUUAUAUAUUAAGUAA